CUACCAACCUCACAAGCUGUCAUGUAUGCUUACACUGCGAAAAGUAAGCCUGGAACUUACUGUCCGUUCAGAAAGUGUGACAUUUGUAUAUCUCUACUAGCAUUGAGUCAGAAACCACUUUGCUCUUGGGUGUUAAAUAAGAAAUACUAAUAUCGCACAAUGCGCCCCUACAAGAAAGACGCUUUUAAGGCACAGGAGUACAUUAGGCUCUCGGCCCAUGCCCUUCUCUGUGAGGAUGACAACGACCAAUCACUAAACUCCCAUGAGCAGCACGACAUAGUUUUCCUCACAUAUCGUAAGGCACAUACCUUGCUCCAGGCAGGAAAGUUAUGCAUGAGGCGUAUGCAAUAUUAUUGUGCAAAAAGCGCCUUUGAGAAAGCGAUAAGCUGCUUGAAAAAUUGCAAAAUGACCAGUCUCGAACAGAAGAGACGUAAAAAAGGGAUGCUGAUCGCCCUUUUCGAAACCUUGAUGAUCUGCCUUAACAAGAUGAGGCGGUAUAGGUGCGUCUGCCAUGUGAUGAAGGACCUUCGUCUCCUGACCAUCAAUAAUCCUUCGGCUUUGGCGCUCUGUCAGCAUGGUCGUGCCCUAAGCCACUUGGGUAAAUACUAUCCAUCACGUUUGUGCUACUUGAAGGCGCUGAAAAAAAGUCCCAGAGACAAGAGUAUUAUGAAUAAGAUUACCAGAAUCAACAAGAGAAUCAACGAUAUUGAGGAGACCAGUAAGAUGCUUUCUCAGCUGUCUAUAUAACAAUAAAAUCUACGCAAAUCUCGAUGUAUAAAUCAAUAAGCUAUCAGUUCAUAACAAAUAUCUUUAUCAGAUGCUUUCCCAGCUGUCUAUAUAACAAUAAAAUCUUCGCAAAUCUCGAUAUAUAAAGCAAUAAGCUAUCAGUUGAUAACAAAUAUCUUUAUCAGAUGCUUUCUCAGCUGUCUAUAUAACAAUAAAAUCUACGCAAAUCUCGAUAUAUAAUGCAAUAAGCUAUCAGUUGAUAACAAAUAUCUUUAUCAGAUGCUUUCUCAGCUGUAAAUAUAACAAUAAAAUCUACUCUAAUCUCGAUA